AUGAACUCUAAAGAUGUUGAAAAUGGAGGAGCUCAAUCUUCUUCCACUUCUCAGGGUCCUUAUCAAGGUGUUGCAUCAGGAAUUUUCAAGAUAAAUACAGCUAUAAAUAGUUACGGGAGACUCGUAAACAGGGUUGGGACAGACAAAGACACUCCUGAUCAUAGUCAUAAGCUACGUAGUACCAAGCAGAGAAUUGGGCAGUUGGUGAAGGAGACUUUUGCUAACCUCAAAGCACGGACUGAUCCUGGAGCUCAUAGUGACGGCAUUAACCCAAAUACGAAAACAGAAGAUGCAAAGCUUGCAAUGGAUUUUCAGGCAACCUUGCAAAACUGUCAAAAAAUUCAAGGGCUUGCUAUUAUUGGGCGCGAGGCAAAUGAACAACUACGUCUUGGUGUGGAUCCACAAACUAGCACAUUCCUCGAAGAACAGACGAGCCAAGAGACGUUAAUGCUGGAGAAUGAGAUUAUUUUCAAUGAAGCCACAAUAGAGGAAAGAGACCAAUGUAUAAGAGACAUUCAUUCAGACAUUGUAGAAAUACAUGAUAUCUACAGAGACCUUGCUGUUUUAAUUCGUCAACAAGCUGUUGGUGAUAAUAUUGACUCCAUUGAUGCUGCUGCCAAAUCAACUUCUAAACUACAACUUGUCAAGGCUCGCAAGAGCGAGAGUGCUGGUCGUCGAGGUGCUGGUGGAUGCUGAUAAUUUUUGUACUGCUGCUGGUCGUUAUUCUUCUUUACGUUUUACUGUAGUGUGCUUUAGCAAAGCUGUCUUUCGUGCAUGGUUUGAUUGUGAUAUGUGAGUAGAAAAUCGAAGAACUACCUG